UUGUUAUUUGUUUGAUCUUAAUGUCGGCUAAAUCUAAGUUUGUCCUUUCAUCGUCGGUUAUUAUUACCCUUUCAAUAAUUGUCGGUGUCCAUGUUGUCCAGGAAUUAGAGAAACGGCGUAUACGUGCUGGUGUAAUUCGUGAUAUUGAGAGACUUAAAUUAAAAGAAGCAAAUUCAAUAACCAACUCACCGGUAUCUUCAUCAUCAUCAUCAUCCAAUUGAGAUUCAAUUUCCAGUGACAUUGGUCAGUUAAUCAUUUCCAAAUAUUAAUCUCCUGUAUAAACAUAUUGAUUGCUGAAAGAUAAUGAGUGGUAUUAGUGAAGAAAUUGGAAGAAAUCUAAUGGAAACCAGUGAAGAGGUUGAUAGGACUCCAUCGCCAUCAUCGCCCAGUUUAUCAUCAACCCAAGAGCCAAAAACUAAACGAGAAGAAGGUGAUGAGGAUAAACAACCAUUAUCACCGGAAAUUAAAGUUGAUGAUGAUGAAGAUGACGAUGAUAUCGAUGUUGAUAAUGAUGUAAUUGAAACGGAAGCUGAUACAAGAGCUGAUAUUCCUGUUGCCUCAUCUUCAUCUUACAAUGAAUCAGAAGAUGUUGUUUCUAAUACUAAUGAGUUUCAAGCCACUAAUGAAGAGAAUCCAGAAAUUAGCUCCAAUACCAAUAAUGUAAAUGCUGAUAGUAGUAAUUUAAUUAGCCUUGUGGUUUCCAAUAACAAUGACAACAACAACAACAAUCAUAAUGAUAACAAUUUAACCGCCUCUUCAACAACCAAUCCAGAGAUGAUUAAGGAUAAUAAAGUAACCUCAGUAGCCAGUUGCUCUUUUGACAGUGAAGUUAAUAAUGAUUGGAAUGAAAAUCAAAUGGAAUGUGAAACUAGUUCAAUGAAUCUAAACGAUAACUUAAUUAUUACCACAGCCACUAAUUUAACGACAACUACAAUCACGACCACAACCAACAACAACAACAACAACAAUUCAAAUGAAACCGAUGUUACCAGUGGUCAAAGUAAACGGACAUUUGGACGUGCCUCAAAUACUAGAAUUAAACUAGAUGAAUUAGCUUUUAAUCGUCUCGAUCGUAAAGAGUUAUGGUCAAAAUGGAGGAAACAAGAAGAUUAUAUUGACUCAUUGGAAGCCAAAAUUGAUUCGAUUUCACUUCGAAACGAUUGUAAUACAACCAAGGAACUGGAAGAGAGACUCAAACAACAGCAAAUCGACGCUUGUCGACGAGAAAACACUUUAGUCAUGAGAUUGACUAACAAGGAACAAGAAGUCGCCGAUCUUUUGAAUCGUAUUCAAGCAAUGAGAGCGGAAUUAAUUCCGUCUGAUUCUCGACUUAAUUCAACCCUUUUGGAUCCAGCACUUAAUUUAAUGUUCGAACGUAUGAAAUCCGAAGUAAUUUCUUCAAGAGAACGGGUUGAUCAAAUGCAGAACGAAUUAGCAGCCUGGAAAUUUACCACCGACAGUCACAUGGGCAAACAAUUAAUGGCCAAAUGUCAAGCUUUGUACAAAGAGAACGAUGAACUUGGAAAAACAAUCGAAUCUGGAAGAAUCGGUAAAAUGGAAGGAGAAUUAUCACUUCAGAAAAAUUUCGUCGAAGAAAUGAAGAAAAGUCAAAUGGAAACUGAUGAAUUCCUAUUUGAACUUGACGAGGAAGUUGAAGGUCUACAAGCAACGAUACUUCAUCUAAGGAAUCAGUUGAAAGACGUCAAAGCGGAAAGUGACCUUCGUCCAGCAGCAGCAGAAUUAAUCGAAAAGCCAAAAGAAGUGAAAACAAGUUGAGCCAAAAUUGGAAAAUUAAUUAGCUAAUCAACUAAUUACAGCCAAUCUAUUAUCUCUCCUCUAUUUGUAUAGAUUAUCAUAUAUUCUGAUUGACCUUAAAUCACAAGUAAUAAUUUCAUAUAUUCAAUUGAUAAUAUAAAUUCAUUUAUAUACAAACAUGAUUUUCAAAAGAUAAUCAAAAAGCUAAAAUGUAAUUAGUUUCACUUUAAUUACAAUUAUCUUUCAUUCAAA